AUGGAUUUCACGCUACCCAUAAGAAGUCGAGGCACGAUGGCUCCCUCCAGCUCUGAACCUCUUCUGGGGCAUCGCAGUAGCUGCACCAGGCAUCAAUACCAGAGCAUCAGAAGAAAGCUGCGGCCUGGACGGAUUCUGGGCUUGGUCAUCAGUUUGGCGGUGGUCUGUACAGUCUGUUCAUGGAGUGCCUUGUCGCUGGUCACAACGGUGACCAAGGAUCUGGAGUCAGCUGAUGAGGGCUCAGCAGAGGCAGGAGUACCCCAAAGAACACUUUUACAGUACCACAACCUUUCAGAUUCAAUUCAGGACACACCAGUAGCAAUGAAAUCAACUGAUAUUGAGAUGAAUCAUGGGGACUAUCCAACGGACCUCUUCACUGUGGAGGAAAGACGCCAGGGCUUUGUGGCGCUCCAUAUGUUUGGCAUGUUGUAUAUGUUCAUAGCCUUAGCUAUUGUCUGUGAUGAGUUCUUUGUUCCUGCACUCACGGUCAUCACAGAGAAGCUGGAAAUCUCUGAUGAUGUAGCCGGAGCCACCUUCAUGGCAGCAGGUGGCUCAGCCCCUGAACUCUUCACUUCCGUCAUAGGAGUCUUCGUCUCCCACAGUAAUGUAGGUAUUGGUACCAUUGUGGGUUCUGCUGUCUUCAAUAUCCUGUUUGUGAUUGGGAUGUGCGCCCUAUUCUCCAAAGAGGUGCUGAACCUCACCUGGUGGCCUCUGUUCAGAGACGUCUCCUUCUAUAUCAUUGGCUUGCUCAUGCUCAUCUAUUUCUUUCUGGAUAAUGAAAUUUCAUUGGGAGAAAGUAUCAGCCUGCUGCUAUGCUACACAUGCUAUGUGACAUUCAUGAAGUUUAACUCCAAGGUUGAACUUCUCAUCAAGAGGUUGCUCGGAGGCAACCAAGUGGACGAGCUGGAGAGUGCACCAAGGGUGAGCCCGAUUUUGUUCAUCCAUCCAUCUGUUCAUUCAUACAUCUGUCAAUCAGUCCAUCCACUCGUUUAUCUAUCAAUACAAUUAUCCAUCAAUUGAGCUAUUUAUCUAACCAACCAACCAAACAUCCAUCCAUUCAUGUAAAUAUCUGCCCAACAAUCUUACCAACUUUUAGUUCAUCCACCCAUCCACUCAUAUUUCAUUUAAUGAUUGACCACUUGGAACACAAUCCCAUAUUUCAAAUCUAAAUUAACAAUCCAGCUCUUUUACUGAUGUGCCAUGGUCAAAUUGCAAGUUUGCCAGGCUUGGCCAUUUUUCAACUUUUGGCAUAUGUUUUAGGCCGGCUUGACUGGAUAGCUGUUUAGCCAUUGUGUCUAUGCUAAAAUCAGGACAUCUUUAGGUGAACCUGUCAAGGCUUCCUGAAAACAAUAUGGCCCCUUUUCUGAAAGUGAAAAAAGUCAGAUAGGGUGUUAAAACAGAGUGAUGAACAGACAGAGCUCUGUAAGGCAGCCAAACCCUGCUGAAUUCUCCUCUGGAAGGAUAUAAGACUUGUCUUAAUUUGCCACCUGUGUAGCUAGGACAGUGCCAGACACAGAGCAAUACUAUGGCCUCCUGGCGCUGAAUAAGUCAAGGGAUGGGCCUUGUCGUUAGUCCCUACUUUUAGCAACCAAGUCCAGACCAUAAUCUGACAAGGUUGUCAAAUUAUUGACUGAGCUUGUUUGUCUUUGUUUCAUCCUGUUAAGAUGCUAUUUUCACCAAGUGCAACAAGGAGUAGCUCAUCGGCUAAUAACUGCUACUUAGUUACAAUAUUACCAAAUUUGAUUUCAAAGUACUCAUAGCUCAACAUAAGGAGCUUGAAAUUGUGCUGGCGAUCAUUAAAAUGCCUUAAAUAUACCGGAAAAUUAUAAAAUGGAGAACCCCCAAUACACACUGUUCUGCACCAUUAAGAUAACCGUGGGCCAGGAGUAGCAGAUCAACGUGGGCCACUUUGGUCCAGAAACGUUAAUUAUAUAUACCUCCUUAACCUCAGUGCUCCUGUCAUUGACCUGACAUUCAGAGAGAGCCCUCUUGACUCUGGAGGAUCUUUGUAGCUCUGAGUGUUGUUUGUCCUCUAUUUUUCAUCUGAUUGUGAUGGUAAUUGACUCUCACAUAGAUUACACAAACCUCCUUAUUCUCUGUACAUUCAGUCAAAAUGUGAAGAAAUCACCAGUAUGAGACGUUGGAAGAUGUUAACUGUUCUGGGAAUUAGUAAUAUGUCAGCAUCAUUUAAGGGCUGCAACAUUGGUUUUCUGCAAGGCUCUUCUGCAGUCACACUAAGAGGAUGUUGGCCUAAUGGCAACACAUUCAACAAUCAACUCCCAUCCACCAAACCCAUUUCCUCACGUUUUUAGAGAAACCAUGUUAGGGGACUGUCAUUUUGAAAUGAGCUUGGAGGACCCAUUGUGAUGCUCUUGCUGUGUUUAAAAAUAGAUCACAUACAGAAAUGAUGGGCACAUGAUUGAACAGGGUUUAAGGUUGAGCACACAUAAACAUUUACACUUAUCCCUCUGUCUGUUUUUUAUGUUCUGUGUGUGCAGUUGGAGUCAGAUCUGUUGCUCUCUGAUGUUGUAAUCUCAUACGGCUCUCAGGUGACAUAUGCUAAAACUACUGUGGGCUGAUCUUAGAGCAGCUUGCCUCUACCCUAUAGUGACAUCACCCAUCACCAGGUCUUCAGGGGCGUAUACAGUGCUUGAAUAGUAACAGAUCUAGUGACAUGAAUUUCAUCUGGUUAACUUUCUUGUCUUCAUUUAAUGAUACUUGAAAAAAUUAUUUCCUUAAAUAGUUUCAAUCAUCUCACUAUUUUUAUAACUGAGACUCGGGCCAGUUGAGAUUCUCACGUUUUAGGUAACAGAUGAGCUCAUUAUCACCUGCUUUCAGUGUGGUUGUCUCUGCUUUAAAACCCCACCCCUUUCAUGCUUAGGCAGCUGUAAACAAGAAAAUACUGCUCUAAAAAAGGACUGUCCUUUCACUCAGUACAAUUGGGUAAAAUACAUUAAUUCUCUGCAUACGAUCCAAAAAAAAAAAAAAGAAAGAAAAAUAUUUGGUUAUCUAAAUUUUGCCUUGUUAAUUUUUAUCAAAUGUUUUUCUUUUUACAAAUGUUAUACUUUGUUAGAUUUUUAAUUUUUUCUCAGACCAACAAAAACUGUAUUUAACUUUUUAAAAUUGCUCUAGUCCAAACAAGAACCCCUUAUUGACAUAAAACGUAUCUUUUCCCCCAGGUCCACAUUCACACAAACCCAACUGUGUCGUGCACUUUUGUGUGCCUCAUGUUCUUUUUAUUCUAAACUCUGUCCCUAUACUGUAUUUCUGGGAGCUGAGCAGUUUCAGUGUUGUUGCAGAAACUCUGUUGACAUACUUGCCCUUCUGGGAAUCAGCUGUAUAUCAGGCUGCCUCAUCUCAACCCAGGAACAGCUUUUCUCUUUCUACUGCCCAGCACUUGAUGUCCACCGGUCUUGCCCUCAUGUGUCGGUAGCUGCCAAAUAAUCCCUAGGGUUAAUGCUCCUCAAGCCCAUUAGGGCCGCUAAUAAUAGUCAGAUGCUCCCUGGGGGAGCAGCAAUCAGCAGAUCACUGGGAGAGAAAGACUGAUUUCUCUUUUCUUAGCCUGCAGCCAUGCUCAUGACAGGGUGGGCAUUUAAUUUGUGCAUUUUUGGGGUGGUCUUGGGAUGUUUUCACUGGGCAUUUGAUGCAUAUAGCAUGUAUGUCAAAAGAGGAAAAAAGAGAAGAUCUGUUGGUUUGCUCGCCGAUGGCACUAAAGACGACAAUCCUCUCUGAUCCCCUGAUCAACUGCUUACCUGCAGUGACGACAGCAAACAUACAGCCAAGUACACUGUCAUCCAGUCUCUGCAGAGCUCUUACAAAAUGUCUAAAUUCUCCUUGCAGGCAUUAAUAUCACGUUGUUCAUGUCUAACCUCAUGAAUGACUUCACCAACUUUCUUGACAUUAGCAUUUGUCUUCAGGAAGAUUUUAUAAUAACGAUAUUAUUGUUUGUCAUUUAGUACAAAUCAUAUUUAAUAAUUGCCCUUUAAUGUGGAAACCAACGUGCAGAUACAGAUUGUCUUUUGAAUGCACUUAACCAACAAAUAACAGGAGAAAUGUUGACACAGUUUUUUUUUUAAUUCAAGAGUCUCUUUUGUGAUGUUUCUGAGGUCAGCACAAAAUUGAUUUUACAAUUGUUUCUGUUCAUAUAAGCCCACUGUCAGUGUCUCUGUAAAACUCAAAAUCACUGUCAUGAUUUGACACAAUUUGAGGUUAAGAAACACUGCAACAGUUCAGUGAAACAACAUCAGUUAUAGAGGUAGUCUUUUAGGAAGUCUGUUCAUCAUGAGUUGUUCAAUAAGGAUCAUUAGUGAGAGCUGGUAUUUUUACAGACAGAUGAGACAGAGACAGUGAAUUGUUGGACUACAUGGUGACCUGUGAAGGUUGCUGCAGGACUUCACACGCAGGCUUGAAAAUUACCAGUCUAAAAGUGGUGAUCUCUGCUGAUUAAUCCUGGCUAAGUCCCACAGCUCGGAGAGUCAGGUGGACACUGCAGAGGGAGACACACACACUGUGAAGGUGGUGUGAUUGUACCUCAGUGGUGAUUAUUAUUGAGAUGAAGAGAAAGUUUGGUGUGAAAAAAGAAUUUUAGGUUUUUAGGGAAUUUCCCAGUGUUUUUGGCUUUGACAGACCUCUGGACUAGUUAAAAGAGAUGAAACCCAUCUGCAUCUGAAUACAUCAUAUAUCCCAACAUGAACAGCAAUGGUCAACCUUAGAGAAUACCGUGAAUCCCAGGAGUGACGCUUAUUUAUUAUCAUGGUUUAUUAUUUUCCUGAAAUGUUAAAGAUUUUGCUGUCAGAUUGUAAAUUAUUCUUAAGAUAUUUGCUUUAAUUGUAAGAAAGGGCUUGUCAUGAGCUAUAUUAUGACAAAAUGAAUACGUGUGUGGUGCAGGUACAGUAAACAUCUAAAGCUUCAUAACUGCAAGAAAGCAUCAAACAUAGAACUGACUCUGUAAAGAAAUGUCACACAAAUGUUGUGAAUGAGAUGAUCUGAAAUGACAUGAUCAAAAAGGUCAUCCUCUGUUUUGUAAAAUGGCAAACAACAAGUUAAGGCCAGACUUGAUGGUUCACACUGAAUGUCUGGCUAUUUUAAGCAGUCACAGUUCACUUAAGUACAUUAUAGAGCAUCGAUUUAGUGGUUGCAGGGUGUGUACCAGAAUGUCUUAGUUUGGAGUAUAACUUACCAAACUGUCUGGAACUGAUCUGAGUUUGAUUUCUGCUGAUUGGUGAGAGGAUGCAGCGCCGGCAGGGGACUGAAAGAACCUUACACGUGAAGCAGAGCGGAGAUGAGAGCCGAGUGAAAUGAGGGCAAAGAUUAGUAGUUACGGUGAAGUCAUGCUACCACGAACAUGUUACAAAACCUGACUAUGUCUAAGUACACAGUUGAAAGAGGCUCAGGUUUUCAACUCAAAAAAACAAAAAAAAAGGGUUGAUGUCUUAAAAGAGUUUUAAAAGGUUUCAUCAGUGUCAAAGGUUGAGGGUGUGUCUAACAUUUUGUAGUGACUUGGUAAAACUUUAUCAGAAUUGUCAAAACUUAGUUUUUGGCAGGCAGGACAGUCAUUUGAUCCCAGUCUGUCUCAGCAGAUUCUACAGAAGGUCAAAGGUGUCUUUUGUGGGGCCAUGUGAGCACUAACCAACAUGAACUAAUGCCAAGCUGGCCACUGCUAUUAGAAGCCAUGCUGCUCAGCCAUCACAUGGAUAGUACAGUUCUCACAGGUGACCCCUGUGUCUUCAUUUUCUUUGAUGUAAUUUUUGAAUUCAGUACUAAUCUUUUUAUUUCAGUUCUAUGAAGAAUAAGUUUCAUAAUGCCACAUGAAAUACCAUGAGGCAUCCAGAAAAAGAAAAAAAAACUAGUUUGGACUUCUAUAUAUAUCAUGUUCAAACUGAUUAUACUGACAUAACUGGUAUGAUGAAUGAAAGAAAACAUGUAUAUCUGACAAACACUUGACUGAUUUAUGGCAAUGAGACCCCAAAUAAACAAAACAAGAAGCCUUGCUUUAGCCUUGUUGUGGUUUUCACAACAGCAGCAACAGGUGUCUUGUCAGAUGCAUGCUAAAGGGAUUAUCUGCUCAAACUCUGCAGCAACGAUCAUGAGAACGUGUCAACAAUAAAACCCUCCACCUCUCUUGUGACUGUUGCUGUCUUUGAGGGAAAUUUGUACUCAAAGAAAAAAAGUUCUUCUGUAAUCGUCUGAGAUAACAUUUUCAAGUAUAAUGGUAUCAAUUAAAAUGUACCAGAGCUAUCAUUUCGACCAGUCUGACACUUUGUCUCCAGACACAAGACUCUUACUGUACCUAUAGGAGAAUUAUCUACGGGUUUUAACUCUUGACUAAUUAGGCCAUCUGCCCUCAUUUGCCCAAAGAAAUACGAAGCCAUUCAUGAUAUAGUAGUGCAGCCAAGAUAUGGCAAAAAUGACCUGGCUAGUGGAGUUGUGGGACUGACAUUAGACCUUCUCACAGAGGACCAGUCAACAGUCCACAGCAGAGCAGAGUAUGGUGAUGAUUUAAAGCAGAGUGACUCUUGUUUUAGUGUUCAUGAUGUUGUCCUUUGCCAUUCCUACUCAACUCUGCUAAUGCAGUACAGAACACUGCAGAAGCAUUUAUCAGCAGUUACAGUGAUAGUUUUUUAUUGUAUAGUUACUUUAUAUCAUGAUCCAUGUUCUGUCUGUUAACACGAGGGAGGCAAGGUUUGAGAUCAACACUGCACCCAGUCAGUAGAGAGAGAGCUUUACAUCUUUUGGAAAUCUUUUUACCAUGGUUCCGGCACAUUCUGAUUGGCUGCUGCAGAUGUCAUUUACUUCCUGUAAAUGGGACAAUUAAAGUAGUUCUGGUGCUGCUGGAUAUCCGUCAUUCAAACUAACGCGCUUAUUAGCCAGUGUCCAAAAUUAUACACUACGGCAAACAUAUGAUUUUAGAAAUAAGGGAAUGUGUUUUGUUUUCUGCGAGUGAUUGUCAGGUGGUUGAGCCAUGAAAGAGUGCUGCAUCCUCCUGAAACACACAUUAUGCAGGAAGUACACUGCCCCCUGUUCAACUCUAACCUAAGGUUUCUAUAGAGGUCGCUUUCUAAUGUUACCGGUCAUUUGUUCAUUGGAGUAUUAAAGACAAUAUGGCAUAUGAUUAGCUGGUAAAUGUUGUUUGCCAACUGUCAAAUUUUGGUAACUCUUUUUCACUGUUAUUGACUUGACAUCCUGCUAGCCUGCCAUUAGAAGCCGCAGACAAGGAAAUAACCUAUCUCCUGUUGCAGAGCUGUGACUGUAGUGUCAUUGUUUUUCUUACCUGAGUUGUUAAGGAUGUGUUCAGUGAUGGCGAGGGAAUGGGUUGUCCAUGUAUUAGUCAUAUCCUCUGGUGUUACCAUAGAAACAAAGGUAUGGGGAAACAACAGUUAACGCCUGGACUCUACGUCGGGUAUGAGACAAAUGUAACCCUGAAGAACCAUCUUUUAUAUAUAUAAUCUCGGACCUGCCUAUUAUGGUUAGUUUUGGCACAACUUUAUCGCACCCAGUCUACAAUAAUGAACUGGGGAGUACAAAGAUAAAUGUUUGGGUAGGUUCAAUAGGUAGGCCAUGUUUAUUUUAUUUUAUUUAGUUAAGUUGUACAGAAUUCUACCAGAGCCUUUUCACAUACACAUUCCUCUAAACAAUAAUUAAAUCAUGAGAGGCUUAACUGCAAUAAAACAUGAAGUUAAUUUUGUGUUACAUGCAGUUGUAUAAGAGACAUGCAGUGAGAAUGGACUGAAUAAAAGUUGAAGUUACGUUAUGAUUACAUUUUUCUUGAUUCUGCAGAACUCUCAACUCUUCCAACUCUCCCAAAAACUUAUUUCACUAAAAACGUGUUAGUGUCACAUUACCACAGGGAGUUAGCUUCAACCACUCUAUUUUUGCACAGCAAGUUUACAUCUGAUUCCUGACACCUUAACAUCAAAGGCUGCAGUUACCAGCAACCUCAGUGUUACUUUGGAGCACAUGAUAGGAUGAUCACUCCUGUUAGCCUGAUGUGAACUUCUAUUACUGGUGGCAUCAGUAAAAAAAAAAAAAAAAAAGUUUCAUGUUCAUACGCUCAUCUGUUUUCUUAAGAACUUCUUUUAAUACUUUGCUCACACAUGGACUCCUCCUCCGUGCUGACACUUACCUCCUCUGUAUCUACACAAACCACCAACACAGUCUCUACCUGUUCCAGCCAGUGGACACGGUGUGUUGUUUGUGUCCAUGUGCUCUCAUGUGGUGACACUUCUGUGCUGUAUAUGUCCUCUGAGGAAAUGGCUGGGUUUGAGAUUAGCUAGUCUUUCCUGUGUGUGUGUAGGAUCCUAGUCUUCACAUUGGAACAAGACCAAAGUCCUCCUAAGGAGGAAAGACUGAGGAGACGGCCAAAGCUCUCUCUUCUUUCUCUCUCUGUCUCGCUCUCCCUUUCUUUCAGACACACAAUAACACAAAAACACAGCAAAGAGGCAGUGUGUAUCAUUUUUUUUUAAUGAAAUUGUCCAUUACAUGUUCUUAAAUGGUGUCUGCAAAGACUAAAAAUUGAGACAGGUCCUUUUCAUUUAUACAUCACAUGCAAGGGACUAAAAACACAUUUUAUUCUUUUAAUUACGUCUUAUGCUGAUUAGUAAUUAUUGGUAAAAAAAAAUUUAUAAUAGAGGAGAAAAGAAAAUCUUCUAAAGAAUUUGCUUUCAAAAGCUUGGUACCUGUCAAACUGCUCAGUUAUCUGGCUGAGAGAAACUUCAGACUCUUCUAUUCUGACAAUAUUGAAUUAAAUUAAUACCCACUCAGUUCAAAACAAUGCGAUGAAUUAAGUUUAAGAUCAAUGAUGACAUUGCCAAAUAACAUCGUAUUAUUGUAGAUUACUUAUAGUGCAUAUGUAUUAGAUUGUGUGUCCACAUCACAUGUUUAUAAAGAAAGAGGUUGUAAAUAUAUAAAUGUCAUCUUUCUCUGUGUGUUUUUUCAGGUUAACCCACCAGAUGAUGAGAAUAAGCUCACGGUGAGUUUGUGGGGGUUUGAAACUCUUUUAGACGAGCCGCACAAGUUUAGGGAAAGCAAAUCCUGAUAGAAAAAGCACACUUACAGCCAGGUUAUACAAAUGCUUAGGGGACGACAUGUAAGACGACUUGUGAGACAUGUCAUUUUUGAUUAGAGUUAAUGCUCCAAAUGUUUGAUUGAUAUGCAUACGUAUAUAUUAAAUGCACCCAUUUUCAUAUUUUGAGUUAACUGUUUGUUUUUUAGGCCAAACCCCGGUUGCAAAGGGAAGGCAGCUGUGCCUCUCUUCACAACUCACUGAUGAGAAACAGCAUCUUCCAGCUCAUGAUACACACACUGGACCCUCUCAGUGAUGAAGGUUUGUAGAGCAAAAAUAAAACACUGUCUAAAAUGUUUGAGGAAAAUCUCUGCUAUUGUUAAAGAUCCACAAGUCCUAAUAAUCACAGAUUUAGGGUCUUCUUUACAACACUGUGGCACAAAUGGAGUUAAAGGUGCAGAAUUCACAGCUUAUCCUCUUCUUUUAUUUUCACUGCAGUAGUUCUUUCAUCCGUCAAUAGUUAUACAUCUUUUAAAGGGGAAACCCCCCACAGUUGCUUGAAGAUUACACAAUCAUCACAUAUUUAACUCUUUUGUUUUUCAGGACGUUUUAAAGAAAAGGCAUCAAUCCUUCAUAAAAUGGCCAAGCAGAAAUGUAAAGAUGAUGCCGCCAACGGUGUAGGUGAGUAACCUUUGUGUGUGGGACCAUAUGAAAGUCUUUUGGUUAUAUUUAUGCCAAAUGAGGCCAACGAUUUAAAUGAUUAUUCAUGUGUGGCUGCAGCCUCUGAUAAACAAAACAAUAAAAUUUGUCCAACAAUUAGAUUCUUAAGGGAUCGGACAAUAAUUAAAUCAAACAAACCUAAAUAACUUUGUGGUAAAAUAAUAAUUUAGAUGCACACACAGCUCUACCGAUUAAGUUCUCAAAAUAUGAUGAUAAUAUGACAUUUUGUUGAGUAUUGUUUACUCUGUGAUUAUUUGUGGAUUAUUUCUAAUCAGAUUUAUAUGUGAUAUGCCAGUUUCUUAGACCGGUAAUGAGCCACCACUUGUCAUUCCAUUUGUCCCUUGACUGACUGAUUUGUCAAUUAAUUUGUAACUUGUCCCAGUGAGAGGGCGCAGAAAGACUUGCAAAUGAUUUACUUAUUUCCUGUCUGGAUCAUCCUGCCAGGGGCCAUUGAUUAACAAUAUUUUGUUUCCCAACAUAGGGGCCCUCUCGCAGACACAACCUCCAAGAAAAGCAAAUUGUACUAAGUUUCAUACUUCUAUUAAUGUCAUUUGUGCAACAAAUUAUAUUUCAUACUUAUUCUGUCUUUGACAGUAUGUCUUUUUAACUGUUUUUAACCCUCUUUCUUUCUCUUUUUCCUUUCCUUCCUCUAGCUGAUAAAAACAUUCCUAACAGUUCCAACGUCGCCGUGGAAGUCACACCACCUAUGAACGGUGUUGUGGGAGGAGAUGGGGUAUGGCUCCUUUGUGCAAUAAAAACAACAAAAUUAGUUGGUGUGUGUGUAAGUUCACUAAAUUUAUAAUAACUCCUCUUCAGGGUGGUGAUGAAGAGGAGGAUGAGGACCAGCCUCUGAGCCUAGCCUGGCCUGACACCUGGAGGAAACGGAUAACCUACCUCAUCAUCCUGCCCAUAGUUUUACCACUGUGGCUUUCACUUCCUGACGUCAGAAGAGAGGUAAAAACUUGCGCACACACACAGACACACAAGCAUAAACAGGCACACACAAAGAAAAGACAAAUUUAUGUCUGAGAGUGGGGCUGCAGUUUGAAAUUAGAAAACUUGAACAGCAGCUUUUAGAGGAGGCUUGAGCCAUAUCUCCUGCUGUUACCCGCAAAAAUUUUUACAAUAGAGCAAGAAAUGUGCAAUAUAAACAAAAUAAGCAAUACAUUUAUUUUCCUACCUUAAAAUCUUAACAUUACAAAGUCCCGUACUCACUAUGUGUUUCCCACAAACAGAGAUUUGUAUAUAAAUGCAGACAAAUAAGGAGGAGUGUUGUUUUCUGCAUGUAGUUCCAGUAGAAAUGUACCACCCUAAAGCAGCAGGUUCUGGCUUUCUGUAGAGAAUUUAAUGAAAAUUAUCUAGUUUAUGAAAAUGUAAUAUAUACCCAGAAAUCUACGUAUGAAGGCUGCUAAUUACCUGCUUAUAGACCAACUCUACUCCCGAUUGGCAGGGUAUUAGUUGAAUUGUAAAUGGUCACUGUCUAAUUAAAAUCAUUCACAGUUUUUCUGGAUACUAAAAUAAACGAUCUAAUCAAGAUGUGCAUCAAUAUCAUCUGAAUAGAACCAGAUUCACCAUUGCCUUUCUGUUUAGGUUUGUCUGAGCCUUGUCUUUUAUUCUGUUUCGCAGACCUCAGCAAAGUUCUUCCCCAUCACUUUCGUUGGCGCUAUUUGUUGGAUUGCUUUCUUCUCCUACCUGAUGGUGUGGUGGGCUCACCAGGUACUGCCUGCAUCAUUACAGUCCAUCAGACACAAACAUGCUGGCUACCUUCUUGGUCUAGUGUCUGUUCUAUUUUUAAAGCCUUUCUUAUGAGAGUACAUCAGUCAGGGUGUUGAAUGUGUGACCACUGUAGCUAAUCCCAGCUAAUCUUCCCUGAUCCACAGCCAGAUCAACCUGCAAAGCUGCAUUUUAGCAGUGCAAAUAAAGCAUGAGGUCAUGUGUACAAGGUUAUUUGGGAGGGGCAUCUACUUUUAUAGUUCCCAUAGGUGCACAGUGCUGUGUGUAGAGAGGUGGAUGGUUAAACCUUAUACAUCAGGUAAAUCUCAACAAGUUGUCUGAUUGGACAGAAGUUAACUUCAUGAGUGCUGAUAUGGAGCACUGUUAACAGACUCAUAAUGAUGAUAAACACACAGACAGAUGAAAGGUUAUGUGUCUGUUGAAAACAUUUUUAAAAAACACAAAGUAGUAAAAGUGCUGAGAAAUGUUUAAGCAUGCUUAGCCAUAGUCCAGUCAGCUCAAAGUGGCUAGCUACUAAGUUAAUGAUUGAAUAUAACCGUAGUGAUUUUCAGGAUAACAGCCCAAUAUCAAGUAUGAUCGUAUUUUAUCAACUCUGAAUUGUUAUCAACUCUUAAAAAAAGGAGCUCACUCUGAAAAAAUUUAGUUGACACCAUCAUGAGCCAUGAUUUAGAUUUUAUGUCCUCUUACUUUUUCUUUUGUAACUUGUUUUAUCUGUUAUUACUCAAUACAACCUUUGCAGUCCGAACCUACUGCUUCCUGUUUUAGUAGUUGAUUUAUAAAGGCAUGCCUUCAGAAGGCUACAAAACUCUUUAUUAUCAGAGUGAUCUACAAACUGUGCUCAUUGUUGACCUACACAGCCACAAUGUUAAGAAUGUCCUCCUUCCUUCCAGGUAGGAGAAACUUUCUGGAUAACAGAGGAGAUAAUGGGUCUGACCAUAUUAGCAGCGGGCACCUCCAUCCCUGACCUGAUCACCAGUGUGAUUGUGGCAAGAAAAGGCCUCGGUGACAUGGCUGUGUCCAGCUCGGUGGGCUCCAACAUCUUUGACAUCACAGUUGGGUAAGUCCAGCACACAAAGGGAACACAGUGUAACAUCCAUAGACAUUAUAUACGUAGAUACCUCAUUACGUGCUGGAGUGUAAUCCAGCGUCGCCGCCAUAUUGGAUGGGUCUCCUCACUCCAGGUUCGCUCAAGAGCCAAACAGAGUCAAUGGAGAAUGAACAACUAUGCCUGUAUCUUUGCACUCCUUGGUUGAAAAACCCGAUGCAGUAUUGAAACCCGACCGCAUAGGAUAACAUUUCAGAAAUAAGAUUGAAAAAUUAUUUUGGUUAUUUUUAAUGUGUGACAUUGUCCUGCAUUAUGGCUACAUCCCUGCCGUUGUAACAAACCAAACAGUGUAAAAAUCAGGCAGAGAUUCAGAGAGUUAUUAUUAAUAUGGUUGGGCAUUCCCAUAUAUCGUAAUGCACUGGAGGCACAUGGGGAAUCCAUCCAGGAUGGCGGCCGCACUACAGCUCCAGUAGGCAGCGUCAGGCUUUGAGGCAUCUACGUAUAUUAUGUCUAUGGUGACAUCCAUGUUCAUGAGUGGAAAUAAAAACUUUUAAAGUGUUGGUUUAGGAUUACAGCUCAGAGAUAACCUGACCCCUUGUCUUUCUUCAGUCUGCCAUUCCCCUGGCUCCUCUACAACAUCAUCAAUGACUUCAAGCCCGUAGAAGUGAGCAGCAAUGGCCUUUUCUGUGCCAUCGUCCUCCUCUUCCUCAUGCUGCUCUUCGUCAUCAUGUCAAUCGCUGCAUGCAAGUGGAGAAUGAGCAAAUUUCUGGGCCUUCUCAUGUUCCUGCUCUACUUUGUCUUCCUCGUGGUCAGUGUCAUGCUGGAGGAUAAAAUCAUUGUUUGCCCCGUCACUGUCUGAGAGAAAGCCCUGCUUCUUGAUUUCCUGAACUCAGAAAUGAAGCAGUGACGUGCUCAAGUAUCAGGAUUUACCGUAAGAGAGGAAAAACACGCUUGCAGGGACAAAAUCCAUCUCUUACCUGUCUCACAUGCAUACACAGCAGAUGCACAUAUGUACCUCAACACUCACUAUGAAGUCAAGAAUAAAGAAAACUCAUAAACAAAUUACACACACAUGCACACACACAUGCAUGCACACACAUAUCCACAUAUAGUGGAUGCUGGUUAGACAGAGGCAUUGACUUGUAUCAAUGCUGCAAAUUCAAACCAGCAACUCACAACUGUGCAGCACUGGCUUGCAAGCCUAUAUGUCAUUUAACAGACUCCAUGCCACCCAACUGGAG